AUGGGUGACGCCUUGGACCACCUCGCCAACCGCACAAAGCUGGAAUGGCAGUGCAAUCUCAACAUCGACUAUGUGCCAAAGAAGAACCAUCGCAGAACCAGCAUCAUCUGCACAAUUGGCCCAAAGACCAAUUCUGCUGAGAAGAUUACUAUGCUGAGGAAGGCUGGUCUCAAUGUCGUCCGCAUGAACUUCUCUCAUGGCUCAUACGAGUACCACCAAUCUGUCAUAGACAACGCGAGGCAAUCUGCCAAAGACUAUCCAGGUCGACCAGUGGCAAUUGCCCUCGAUACGAAAGGACCGGAGAUCCGAACGGGAAACACACCAGGGGAUAAAGACAUUCCGAUCAAGGCCGGGCUUGAAUUGAAUAUCACCACGGACGACCAGUAUGCCACCGCUAGCGAUGACAAGAAUCUCUAUGUUGACUACAAGAACAUCACCAAAGUCAUUGAUGCUGGCAAGCUGAUUUAUGUUGAUGACGGCAUUCAGUCGUUUGAAGUCAUCAAGGUUGUGGACGACAAGACUCUCCGAGUGCGUGCGCUCAAUGAUGGACAAAUCUCAUCCAAGAAGGGCGUGAACCUUCCAGGAACUGAUGUUGAUCUUCCUGCUUUGUCAAAGAAGGACAUUGCCGACUUGCAGUUCGGUGUGAAGAACGGAGUCGACAUGAUCUUCGCUUCGUUCAUCCGACGGGGAGAUGACAUCAAGCACAUUCGUCAAGUCCUUGGGGAAGAAGGCAAGGAGAUCCAGAUCAUCGCAAAGAUCGAGAAUCAGCAGGGUAUGAACAACUUCGACGACAUUCUGGCCGAAACCGACGGUGUCAUGGUGGCCCGUGGCGAUCUCGGAAUUGAAAUCCCAGCUGCGAAGGUCUUUAUUGCUCAAAAGAUGAUGAUUGCGAAAUGUAACAUGGCAGGCAAGCCUGUCAUUUGCGCCACACAGAUGUUGGAGUCCAUGACCACGAACCCAAGACCUACCCGAGCGGAGGUCUCUGAUGUCGCGAACGCCGUCCUCGAUGGCGCUGACUGCGUCAUGUUGUCCGGUGAGACCGCGAAAGGCAACUAUCCCAAGGAGGCCGUCAGCAUGAUGCACGAAACUUGCUUGCUGGCCGAGGUCGCCAUCCCUUACGCCAACAUGUUUGACGAGUUGAGAUCAACCUGCCAGCGACCAAUUGACACUGUUGAGGCGAUUGCAUGUUCCGCUGUGAGUGCUAGUAUGGAAUUGAACGCUGGUGCCAUCAUUGUUUUGACCACUAGCGGUCACUCGGCGAGACUGGUCUCGAAGUAUCGGCCAGUGUGCCCCAUCAUCAUGGUCUCGCGGAACGCGACCGCUUCCCGAUACGCCCAUCUCUACCGAGGAGUUUAUCCCUUCCACUUCCCCGAGCCAAAGCCAGACUUUAACGGAGUGGACUGGCAGAAGGACGUGGACAACCGCCUGAAAUGGGGUAUUGCCGAAGCGAUCAAGCUGGGAGUCUUGACCAAAGGCGACAGCGUGGUCGCUGUGCAGGGUUGGAGAGGUGGCCAGGGUCACACCAACACUAUUCGCGUCGUGCCUGCGGAAGAGAACCUGGGUCUCCUCGACUGA